AAAGGAACUGCUAAGACUUGUUGUCAGGCUAAGAUGGGAUAUUCCGGUGACGAAUUUGACGUUAUUGUAGUAGGCGCCGGCGUCAUGGGGAGCUCCACGGCGUACCAGCUAGCCAAGAGAGGCCAGAGAACACUUCUUCUCGAGCAGUUUGACUUCCUGCACCACCGCGGUUCUUCCCACGGCGAGUCUCGAACCAUACGAGCAACAUACCCCGAAGACUACUACUUCAGCUUGGUGACUGAGUCGUAUCGGUUAUGGGAGCAGGCUCAGGCCGAAAUCGGCUUCAGGGUCUACUUCAAGACCCAACACUUGGACAUGGGACCAGCCGAUGCCAAGAGUCUGUUAUCAGUCAUCGCCUCGUGUCGAAAAAACGCCGUCCCACACCAGGUUCUCAACCGCAGGCAAGUCACUGAAAGAUUCUCCGGUCGGAUAGACAUACCGGACGAUUGGAUUGGCGUGUCGUGUGAGCUGGGCGGUGUCAUCAAGCCCACCAAGGCGGUAUCGAUGUUUCAAACACUUGCUCUAAAGAAUGGUGCAUUCCUUAGAGACAACAUCGAAGUGAUUAAUAUAGCCAAAGAUGGAGACCGAGGCGUGACGGUAACCGCAAGCAACGGUGAAAAGUUUCGCGGUAAAAAAUGUGUGGUAACCGCCGGUGCUUGGAUGAGAAAGUUGGUUAAAACAGUCAGUGGAAUUGAACUACCGAUUCAACCAUUGGAAACCAAUGUAUGUUAUUGGAGGAUCAAGGAAGGACACGAGGGUAAGUAUGCGAUCGGGAGCGAUUUCCCGACGUUCGCUAGUUACGGAAAGCCAUACAUAUACGGCACACCAUCGUUGGAGUACCCAGGGCUGAUCAAAGCAGCAGUGCAUGGGGGUUACCAAUGUGACCCGGACAAAAGGCCAUGGGGACCUGGAUUUGUACCGGACACAUUGAAGCAAUGGAUCGAGCAGAGGUUUAAAGGGUCGGUCGAUUCGAGUCGACCUGCUGCGACUCAACUGUGCGUGUACUCGAUGACACCCGAUGAAGAUUUCGUGAUAGAUUUCCUGGGAGGGGAGUUCGGGAAACAUGUGGUGAUUGGAGGUGGGUUUUCAGGCCAUGGGUUCAAGAUGUCACCUGCUGUUGGGAAGGUACUGGCUGAUUUAGUGCUUACAGGAGAGGCAAAAGGCGUUGAGCUAAAGCACUUCAGGAUAGAAAGAUUCCAAGAGAAUCCCAGAGGAAAUAUUAAAGAUUAUGAAGAUCAAGUUGGGCUAUUAUUGAAAAGUACACUGUGAAUUAGUAAUACCCAAAACUUGUAUUUGUAUCACUUAAUUUGAUGUUUCAGUGAAUAAUAUGCAAUUUUCAUGGAA